ACACUUACUGGAAGAAGGGACUAUAUACCUUCGCAAGCCAAAGCGAAAUGGAGCUCAAUCCUGGUAGAGAAGAUGGAGGCCACCUCACUGAUCUUGCCCUCAGCUAUUUCUCUUCAUUCCUACCUUUUUAUGGCAGGCACAGUAAUCACACAAAGCUCACCAUGUAUUUCUUUUAGAACCAUCCUAUGUCUUCCCUUGAACCCUGAACACAGGUCUAAGUCUGUCAUUCAAGAUGCAGAUCCUAACACCUGCCUCCCACUCCAGGCCCAGAGGGGUGUUGGAGAGAUUGGCGGAAUACCUCACCAGCCAUAGGGAAAUAGUUUCUUGACUGACCUACUGGUGUUUGCACAUGUGGCUUGGCAGUCUUCCUCCCCACUGGGUCUGCCUCAAUAACAACAACAAUAUCCUCCUGAUUGCCUUUUCUGACUCCAUUCUCUGGGCAUUUCCAGCUCCCCUGUGCUUAAUCCCUAUUCAUUCAUUUAUUGGAUCAAAUAUUUAGUGAGUACGUGCAAUGAGUCACACACUGUUCUAUCUGAAUAUGUAGCAGUUCACAAAACAGCCAAGAGUUCCUGUAUUCAUGGGCCAUCCAUUCUAGUGAUCAAAUUAUAUUGCAUUCUGUUUCCGCAUCAGUUUCUUCUACCAAACAUAGAGUUCCUGAAGGACAGGGACAGGAUCUGACUCUUCUCUGUGACCCAAGCGCUGGCACUUGUUUAGAGAAAACUUGAAUUUGGAAUUAAUGAGUAAACUACAACCUCCCUACCACCUUGUAUGUAGAGUGCCUAAAAUAAGGUAUUUGUGUGAGCAAGAGUAACUCCAUUUUGUAUGAGCAAGAGUGACUCCAUCUUGGACACUGAGUGUUAUGGAAAUUACCCAUGAAGAUAAACAACUUGUUUGUACAAGUAAACAACUACCAGAUGGCCAUGCAGUUGCUGCAUGGACUGAUAGGACAAGUCAAAGGAAGUAAACAAUUCUAAAGAAGUAAACAAGUCUAAAAAGGUAAACAAGUACCAGAUGGCCAGGAAGUAGCUGUGAGGACUGAUAAGGUGACGUCAUAUGGCUCUACUGAAUUCCUUAAGAACCCUGGACUUUGACAGCUCAGUGAGCAGGUCUCACUUGAGGUGAACACGCUGCUCCUCUGCUCUGCGAACCCUCCACUCCACUUUGGACUUGGACCCAAACUUUGCCAGACCGUCCUCUGGGACCAGCAACCCGGUGCACCAGAUUCUGAUUAACUCUUGGACUGGUUCAUUAUCAAAAUACUUUACUAAAUUAUUAUUGCUGUAUUUAUGGCCAUAUUGCUAUGAUUAAAUUGCAUUCCUCCACUGCAUUUUCUGUGUGAAUAAAUGAGCUUAUUGAAAGGCACUAAGCCUGCAUUUUUGCCUUAAUUCUUGCUAGAAACCAUGGCUACCUCAGAGGCCUCAGUCAGUGCCAGGUAGGUCCUGGGGCUCUGAGAGUCUCUCGGGGGUUAGUCCGUCUAACUUGCAGGAAGAGACUGCAGCGCAAUCUGUGAGCCUUGCUGACGCUCACAACACCUUGGCUCACCCUGUACCCCAUGUCUUCAUCCAAGGGGUGGGAAGGGAGGCCACCAAACCCAGUACAGCUCUAAUGCUCCUCAAAUCAAGACUCAAGAGUCCUGGGAGUUCUGUGAGGCCCCCUGUGGGGUAAGAGGCAGCUCCAGCGUGGCCCUGCUGCUAGUAACUUGAACUGCAGGUCUCAGGUGACAGCAGCAGCCUCAGCAUCAAUAAUUGAGAGCAAGUCCAGCCUGCCUCAGGGUUCUCCACCCACUCCCCAAAGACUCCCCCUCCUGUCCUAUGCUGCGAUCUUCCCCAAGCAGGAGCCUCCAGCCCAGGUGUGGGUUUCCCUCCCUGCCUCCUUCUACCCCAGGGUGCAGGCAGGGACCAUGUCCCCUGCCAUCGCGCUGGCCUUCCUGCCACUGGUGGUGACAUUGCUGGUGCGGUACCGACACCAUUUCCGACUGCUCGUGCGUGCGGUCUUGCUGCGGAGCCUCCGAGAUUGUCUGUCAGGGCUGCGGAUUGAGGAGCGGGCCUUCAGCUAUGUGCUCACCCACGGCCUGCCUGGGGACCCCGGUCACAUCCUCACCACCCUGGACCACUGGAGCAGCCACUGCGAGUACCUGAGCCACAUGGGGCCUGUCAAAGGUCAGAUCCUGACGCGGUUGGUGGAAGAGAAGGCCCCUUCUUGUGUGCUGGAGCUGGGCACCUACUGCGGCUACUCAACACUGCUUAUCGCCCGGGCCCUCCCCGCUGGGAGUCGUCUUCUCACUGUGGAACGGGACCCACGCACAGCAGCGGUGGCUGAAAAACUCAUCCGCCUGGCUGGCUUCGAUGAGCGCACGGUGGAGCUCAUCGUGGGUAGCUCAGAGGAGGUGAUCCCGCGCCUAAGAACCCAGUACCAGCUGAAUCGGGCUGACGUGGUACUCCUGACACACCGGCCCCGAUGUUACCUGCGGGACCUGCAGCUGCUGGAGGCCCAUGCCCUGCUGCCAGCUGGUGCCACAGUGUUGGCUGACCACGUGGUCUUCCCUGGUGCACCCCGCUUCCUGCAGUACGCCAAGAGCUGUGGCCGCUACCGCUGCCGCCUCCAUCAUACUGGCCUCCCAGACUUCCCUGCCAUCAAGGAUGGCAUAGCCCAGCUCACCUACUCAGGGCCUGGGUGAGGUCCAGACCCAGGGGUACUUACUGCUGCCCCACCCCACACCCACCCAAGCAAGGACCUCAGAACAUCCCUUCCCCUCCCUGCUUGUGGCCUGAUACAUACUGGGCUCAGGGCUGGUGAGGCUCUCCUCCCCCCUCUGCCCCCACUCACCUGAGGCAUCAAGUUCUGUCAGGCUGCUUGGUCCCCACUGGUACCCCUCCUUCCAGAGAGCCAUGAACUGACAGGCAAGAGGCCUAGUUCCCACCCCAGCUCUGUCACUGAUUUGCUGGGUUACUCGAGGAGUCCUUGCCCUGCUCUGAGACUUAAUCUGCUCUCUUAACAUCAAGGAAGCUGGGAGAGCUGUAGUGGCCUCCCAGCUCUGAGACUCAUAAAGCCUGCCCUCUCCAACCCAUGCCAUUGCAGGUAGGAACAAAGGAAACGAUAAACAGAGUUAGAGGCCAUGUAAGAAUGUCUGGUACAAGCUGUGCCAGAGGACAUGGCAAUGGACCUUGGGCCC